AUGAAACCUCUUGAGGCGGUCGGUCACCAUGGUGGUGGCUUACAACAGCGAGCCCAGACGGCAGACCAUCCGUCGCGUUUAGACGCUGAACCACUGUUUAUAAAUGCUGCCUUUGACCCUCCGCUGCUUUGCAAAUGGCUUAACACGGACAAUCGCCCAACGCGUGGACUGCACGUUGUUUUAAAACGGAAAACCGAAGAAGAUGGAAGAGCGAGCAGGAGACAAACGGAAUGCUGAAAAAAUGCACUCGUCUGCGUAAAACACAGACGCGCCGCUUGCCUGCGAAAACCUUUCAUUAACGCUACAUCGCCUGUCAGGUCUCAGCCGAAGCUUCAGCGGCUGGAAUAGGAAAAGCAGACUGUCUGGUUUUGUAAGACUGGGACGAGGGACAGUAAGAUAGCUCCUGGCUUAGGCUGUGGCCUGGGGACAGGCUCUCCUCUGCAGUUGCUGCUACAUAAAAACGUUUUUGUACCGAUAAAAGCCACCACCGUGUGAUUCGCUUUGGAUUAUUUGACUUAACUAUUGUUCGCGAUUGUUUUGAAAACCAUGGCGUCCUAUGUGGAUAACAGUUUUCGGCAGGCGGUGAUGGUGAAUCCUUCAGACAGGACGCAACAGGACCUGGAGAUCGUUUAUUCCUACUUGCAUGGAAUGGAGGCGCUGUCCAAUCUUCGGGAACACCAGCUGAGGAUAAUGUGUGAAACCGUCCGCUAUGAAAGACAUGAAGCCAACGAAGUGCUCUAUUAUCCGGAUGACAUUGGCACAUGUUGGUACAUUCUGCUUUCUGGAUCGGUCUUCAUCAAAGAGUCCAUGUUCCUGCCACGCUCCAGUUUUGGGAAAAGGUCCGCAGGGAGUUUACGCCGUGGAUGCGAGUGCAUCGUUCUGGAGCCAUCCGAGAUGAUUGUGGUGGACUAUAUGGAUGAGAAUGAGGAGUAUUUCCAGCGGCAGGCAUCGCACCGACAGUCCCGCCGAAGGUUUCGCAAGAUCAACCAGAAGGGCGAGCGACAGACCAUCAUCGACACCGUAGACCCCUAUCCCGCCGGCAAGCCGCCCGUUGCACGGGGAUACCAUACGGAAUGCGUUAAGGCUCAGUUGCCGGCAGACUUCAGCAGAUUGCACCUGGCAGACGGGAUUCACCCCCAGGUGACACACGUUUCCUCCAGCCACUCAGGAUGUAGCAUCACCAGUGAUUCUGGGAGCAGCAGCCUGUCGGACAUUUACCAGGCCACCGAGAGUGAGCCCGGCGACAUGGACCUCAGUGGCCUGCCCGAGACGGCCGUUGACUCCGAGGAGGAUGACGAUGAGGAAGAUAUCGAACGUGCCUCAGAUCCCCUCAUGAGUAGAGACAUUGUCCGAGACUGCCUGGAGAAAGACCCCAUGGACCGAACGGAUGAUGACAUAGAGCAACUGUUGGAGUUCAUGCACCAGCUACCGGCCUUUGCCAAUAUGACCAUGUCUGUCAGGAGGGAGCUUUGUGCUGUCAUGGUGUUCGCUGUGGUGGAACGGGCCGGCACAGUCGUUCUUAAUGAUGGCGAAGAGCUGGACUCAUGGUCUGUGAUUCUGAACGGCUCAGUGGAGGUGACGCACCCAGAUGGCCGGACGGAAAUCCUGUGCAUGGGCAACAGCUUCGGUGUGUCCCCCACCAUGGAGAAAGAGUACAUGAAAGGGGUGAUGAAGACCAAGGUGGAUGACUGCCAGUUUGUUUGCAUAGCACAGCAAGAUUACUGCUGUAUCCUUAACCAAGUGGAGAAAAACAUGCAGAAGGUGGAAGAGGAGGGUGAGAUUGUGAUGGUGAAGGAACACCGUGAACUUGACCGCACAGGCACCAGAAAGGGACACAUUGUCAUCAAGGGCACACCAGAGCGUCUUACCAUGCACCUUGUAGAAGAGCACUCGGUGGUAGACCCCACCUACAUCGAGGACUUCCUGCUUACCUACCGCACCUUCCUGCCAAGCCCUAUGGUGGUAGGCAAGAAACUGUUGGAGUGGUUCCAUGACCCCAGCCUCAGGGACAAGGUUACACGGGUAGUCUUGCUGUGGGUGAACAAUCACUUCAAUGACUUUGAGGGUGACUCCGCAAUGACGCAUUUUCUCGAGGAGUUCGAGUACAAUCUGGAGAGAGAGAAAAUGUGUGGGCACCUAAGACUGUUAAACAUAGCAUGUGCUGCCAAAGCUAAGCUGCGGGUGGUGACCCUGACCAAACCCUCGAGGGAAGCACCCCUGUCUUUCACCCUGCUGGGGGGUUCAGAGAAGGGCUUUCGCAUUUUCAUUGACAGCGUGGAGCCAGGCAGCAAAGCUGCAGAGGCCGGCCUUAAACGAGGAGAUCAGAUACUAGAGGUCAAUGGACAAAACUUCGAAAAUGUGCCGUUAUCCAAAGCCAACGAGAUUCUCAAAAACAACACACAUCUGUCCAUUACUGUGAAAACCAAUCUCUUAGUGUUUAAGGAGCUACUGGCCAGGCCUGACCAGGACCAGGAGCUAGAACAGGAAGAGGAGCCAGACAGGAAGAACGGGGCACCUCACAUCCCCAAAAUCGGGGACAUUAAGAAAGCCAGCCGCUACUCCAUCCCUGACCUGGCUGUGGAUGUGGAGCAGGUCAUGGGUCUUGAGAAAGCUAGUAAGAAAGCAAAGGCCAACACUGUAGGGGGCAGAAAUAAGCUGAAGAAGAUCUUCGACAAGACACUUACCAGUAUUCUUCCACCCAAACCUUACAAUGACGUUGGUGUGGGACAGUCACAGGAUGACAGUAUUGUGGGACUAAAGCAGUCAAAGCAGAUCCCUCCUGCCCUUCCUGUCAGUGGAAACCUUUCAUCAAGUAACCCUGACCUGCUGCAGUCACACCAUCGCAUACUCGACUUCAACAACCAGCCUGACAUGUCAGACCAAGUGUUGAGAGUGUUCAAGGCAGACCAGCAAAGUCGGUACAUCAUGAUUGGAAAGGACACUACAGCAAAAGAAGUCGUAGCUCAGGCCAUCCGAGAGUUUGCUUUGACUGCUGCCGCUGAAGCAUAUUCAUUGUGUGAGGUGUCAGUCACUCCUGAGGGUGUCAUCAAGCAGCGGCGACUCCCUGAGCAACUCUCCAAACUGGCCGACAGGAUCCAGCUGAGUGGCAGGUAUUACCUAAAAAGCAACAUGGAGACGGAGACGCUGUGCUCGGAUGAAGAUGCCCAGGAACUAUUACGGGAGAGCCAGAUCAGCCUGUUGCAGCUUAGCACGGUGGAAGUGGCAACUCAGCUUUCCAUGCGCGCUUUUGAAUUGUUCUGUGCCAUUGAGCCCACCGAAUACAUCGAUGACCUGUUUAAGCUGAAAACUCGCCUCACGGCCCCCAGCCUCAAGCUCUUUGAGGAAGCCAUCAAUCGGGAGACCUUCUGGGUGGCCACGGAGGUGGUGCGUGAGCCCAACCAGCUCAAACGCAUGAAGAUCGUCAAGCACUUCAUUAAGAUCGCCUUGCAUUGCCGCGAAUGCAAGAACUUCAACUCUAUGUUUGCCAUCAUCAGUGGUCUGAACUUAGCACCAGUGUCCAGACUGAGAGGCACAUGGGAGAAGUUGCCUAGUAAAUAUGAGAAACUGUUUAGUGAUCUUCAAGACCUGUUUGAUCCCUCCAGGAAUAUGGCAAAGUACAGGAAUCUUCUAAACAGCCAGAAUCUACAGCCUCCCAUCAUUCCACUUUUCCCUGUAAUCAAGAAGGAUCUCACCUUCCUGCAUGAAGGAAAUGACUCGAAGGUGGACGGUUUGGUGAACUUUGAGAAACUGCGGAUGAUUGCUAAGGAGAUCAGACAUGUAGGCCGCAUGGCAGCUGUAAAUAUGGACCCUGCCCUGAUGUUCAGAACCAGGAAGAAGAAAUGGAGGAGUUUAGGGUCACUCAGCCAGGGCAGUGCCAAUGCGGCUGUCCUGGAUGUAACCCAGACGGGUGGGCACAAGAAGAGGGUCAGACGGAGUUCCUUUCUCAAUGCCAAGAAGCUGUACGAGGACGCCCAGAUGGCACGCAAGGUCAAACAAUACCUGUCCAACCUCACCCUGGAGACGAACGAGGAGAGCUUACAGACACUCUCAAUUCAGUGUGAGCCUUCAGUCAACACAUUGCCGAAGAGUUCCGGGGACAGAAAAAGACCUGACACAUCGCCCGUAGUUGCGCGGGCUGCCACUCACCAGCGCCAACAGCUUCAGAAAGCCAAUCAGGCGCUUCAAGUGCCUGCCGUAGCCCUCUACCCUUCACGCAAGAAAGUGCCGGUUAAAGACUUGCCACCAUUUGGCACAAGCUCACCACAGUCUCUGAAAAAGAUACUGUCCCUUUCAGAGGAGGCAGGAGAGAGACACAGGAAACAAACAGAAGAUAGCGUGUCCAACAAUUCCUCACAGCUGUCGUCUCCUCCCACAUCUCCGCACAGCUCACCUAAGAAAGGCUAUGGAAGAGCAGGUGACUACCUGUCGGACUCUGGUCACAGUGAGAUCUCCUCACGCUCAAGUCUGGUGAGCACCUCCUCUCUGGACAUGGGACAAGAUGAACGCAGGCACCGAUAUGGAGUAAUGGCUGGGGAGGGCCAUGGCGGUGGCCACCGGCUGGAACGCAGGGCUACUGCUGAUCCUGACCAGUACAGCUUGGGGUCCUACUCAUCAAUGCAGGACUGCCGGGGUCUGUAUGCGGGCGCCACCGUGCUGUCUUCUCCUAGCUCUGAGGAGCUUACCCAGGACCAGGGUGAUCGGGUGUCUCUAGAUGCUGCUGAUUCUGGUCGUGGCAGCUGGACUUCAUGUUCCAGCGGCUCUCACGAUAACAUUCAGACCAUGCAGCAGGGCCGUAGCUGGGAAGCAUUGGCAGAGGGUGCAGGGCUUUGGGGAAGCAGAGGAAGCUGGGCAUCUGCCUGCUCCUCUUCAUCCUCUGCGGCAUGUUGGGGCGAGGACUCCGAGGGCGACACAGGCACCAUCAAGCGAAGAGGAGGGAGGGAUGUGACCACAGAUCCAGAGACCAGCAGCAUCACCUCCACGGGUUCAGAAGAGUCCAGACAGCACAGUCGACGGCCCUCACCCAUCACUGCAGGCAACACCAAGGCUGUGAUCACACGGAAGGAUGGACGUUACCGGGACCCUCCUCCCACACCUCCGGGCUACACGGCACUGACCAUCACUGACGUAACCGAGGGCACGACUCACUCGGGCAGGAGACCCCCAGACUACACCACCGCCUUGCAGCGCUCCCGUCUUGUCACACACUCCCCCGACUCCCAGCAGCCACCAGCUGCGGGAAAACCCACCCAUUCGCCGGACCCCCGGGGCCGAGAAGAGGAGGAGGCAGAGGAGGUGGAAGAGGAGGGUGAGUGCUUGUCUCCCAAACUCAGAGCUCAAAGGAGGAGAGGUCCACACACAGCAGUUCCCCCCAGGCCAUGAGUUACAUACACCACCCCAACAGGAAGAGGAUGAACAGGUGUCUGCUGUUUGAAAGGGGCGACACUGGCUGCACUGCUGCAUUGACUGAUGGCCCAUAUCGGGCAUUCACAGGUCAGACAGACAGACAGACAGACCAUCCAGUCUACAUUUUGCCGGCACUGCCUCUCUCCCUCCUCAAUGAUGGAUUCAUCUCCCUGCCCUGCCUUAAUGCAUCAUGGGGGGUUUAAUGCCCUGCAUGCUAAAAAAUACUGUGAAGAAAGGAGGCGAGCAAAAAAUAACUUAUUUGGCACUUUUGGAGAAUGGAAAAAUGAACUGAACUCGAACACAGCGCUUUGACAUUCACACACACACACACACACACACACACACACACAAAAACAAACUACUGUUAAUGGAUUUCUUCAGACAAUUCCCUCUUUCCUUCUGCUUAAAGGUCACAUGAACAUGUUUAGUAGUCCCCUCAGCACUUUUUAACUUUUUAAGGUGUAAACUAAUGCACACAAUCAACAUUUCAGUCACCCGAUUCCGGACAUGCAGUUUAGAUGGAAAAGAAGGCUUCACUUAAUCCCGAUGACCGAUAGCAACACUCAUAUCUGUGUGGUUCAAUAUAACAGUAUUAUAUUUGCAGGAGCACGACUUGAAGGACAUUUCUUUCUGCUGGAUGACUACCGAUGGAGUUCACAUCAACUCCCGACAAACGUAGCACACCGAUUUAAUACAGAAGAGCGCUUUGCGAGAGGAAAUUAUGCUAAGUGAAACCUUAGCGAGUGACUUUAUUGGUUUUUGGCUGUGGUGGCUGUGAGAAAGCAUCAGGUUUGGAUACGAAAACAAAAGGCUAAAAAAAAAGUACAUCUGUUGGUAAUCAAAGUCAGUUCUGCUACAAGAAGCUUUCAGUGAUGAAGAGGAAAUGUACACACUUACAUCUUCGAUACGACGCUGACGAUUUUGUCAGUUCAGCGCUUCUCCAGCAUUUGCUGUGGCACAAUGUCAAGCCCCCUGUUGGUUACGGUGAGAACUGCAGGCUACUCAGGCAAAUGGGGCCGUUUUAUUCGGGUGCUACUUCCUUCCUCUCAUUAAGUGAAACCGUUAAGGUGGGGUGUGAAAGACGGUGGCUUCUGUGAUACGUUUUUCUUUACGAGGGAUCAAGUCAUGCAUGUUUCUCCUGGAGUGGGCCUUGAUCUACCACUGCUGCACAACAGCUUCCACAAUCACUCACAGGAACUCGACUGAAACGUGCUUUCGAGACUCCGGUGGGAGCCCGGAAAAAACGCAAACCCACCCGAAGUCCACCAGUCGGAGCAGAACUGAACCGGUGGGAGCACGUCACUUUUAUCCUUUCAUUUUAAUCACUAAGUUAAGCUGAUCACAUUGAUCAGUAGUUAGAAACAAUAGACUAAAGAAGAAAAAAAGAAGUUUGCAGUGUUUUCCACUGUGCUCUGUAACAUCACUACUUCAAUGUUUUUUUUCUCUAGUUGCUUGUUCGUUCGUUCGUUUGUUGGUUUUUGUUUGUUUGUUUUUGGCUUCCACGCAUUUUUUUUUUGUAAUGGUUGCAGAUACGGUUGUUAAUAAACUACACAUUUGUAACAGUAACUAUAUCGGCCAUCUGUUUCCAACUUUUUUUUUUUUUUUUCAUUAAAUAUCCACGUUUUGGCAAGCCAAGAUGAGUCGCUUGUUUUGCAAAAUAAGUUGCACAAAUUGUACAAGCAUAAAUACAACAAGGUAAAUAGUAGUAGGUAGCUGUUCUGCUACUCUGUUCGAUAUGUGAUGUCAAGUGAGACGUGUACAUUUAGCUGGUGAAGAUUCUCUCUUUUUGACUACUUUUACCUGUACGUCUUUUACAAAGACAUUUGGUGGAGUAUGUAUUUGUUCUUAUUUUGUGUCUUUCUUUUUUUUUUGUAUUUUUAAUACAAUAAUUGUAAAUAUUGGUUAUAUUUUUGUUGAAUUGUAGAAAUGUAUGAUGUUUAUGCCUCAACAUCCAGUUUAUAUGAAGCUGGGAAUCAAUAAAUUCGACAAAAAUGAAUCAACUUAGUUUUUAAAUGCACUUAUUAUUAUUAUUAUUAUUAUUAUUGCUCUUCUUUUGUUUUUGUUGAUUCUGCAUUACAUUUUUUGUUUUCAAACAUUGUUUAAAAUGACCUCUGGCACCAUCUAGUGUUUGCACAAGACAAGACAUGGAAGUAACUUGAAAUGUGUAUCUCAUACUUUUCUAACUGACAUAUGUAUGUUGGGGUUAAUAAAAAGACAUCCGUAUCAA